AUGAGAAGAAAGUUGUUUCCGUUCCCGUUGAUGAAAGCUGCAGUUCGUACUUCCCGCCAUUUCUCCGGCGCCCAACGGAUUCGAAACUUGGUUCAAUGCCUCCACCGCGAACCGGCUCCAGGAGUCGGCGGCGCAUCACUGACGGAAGACACAUGCGGCAAAACUCUGGACGGAUUCCCAGACCUGGCAACGUUGAGGAAGUUGCACUCCAGGAUCUUGGUUGACCACAAUCUACGCUCGAAUCCUUCGCUCGGGAUCAAGCUGAUGAGGGCCUACGCAGCUUGCGGCCGUCCCAGAGUCGCACGCCAUGUGUUCGACGAAAUCGCCGACAAGAACGUCGUCUUCUUCAACGUCAUGAUCAGGAGCUACGUCAACAACCGCCUCCACCGGGAGGCUCUGGCUGUUUACCGCAGCAUGUGGAGUCUCGGAUUCGCUCCCGAUCAUUACACGUUUCCUUGCGUUCUGAAGGCGUGUUCGGGGUCUGAUGAUUUGCGGCUCGGGGUUCAGAUUCACGGCUGCGUUGUUAGAGUCGGGCUGGAUUCCAAUCGGUUUAUUAACAAUUGCCUGGUUGCUCUGUACGGGAAGUGCAGGCGCUUGAAGGACGCCCGCCAGGUGCUCGAUGAAAUGCCUGAGAGAGAUGUGGUCACAUGGAACUCCUUGGUCGCUGGGUAUGCUCAGAGCGGACGAUUCGAUGAAGCACUGGGUUGUUGUAGAGAGAUGGAAGCUGCCAAAAUGAAACCUGAUUCUUCCACGAUGGCUAGCCUCUCGCCUGCGGUGACAAACACAUCGCAGGACAACGUGUCCUAUGUUAAGGACAUGUUUACGAAGAUGGCGAACAACAAGAGCUUGGUUCCUUGGAACGUGAUGAUUUCCGUGUACGUGAACAACUCCAUGCCUAAUGAAGCAGUCGAUCUGUUUUCGCAGAUGGAGGUGCAGGGCUUGGAACCUGAUGCAGUCACUAUAUCCACAGUUCUCCCAGCAUGUGGAGACGUUUCAGCUGCAUCGUUAGGAAGGAAAAUCCACGAUUAUGUAGUACGAAAGGCCCUCCGUCCUAAUCUGCUUCUGGAGAAUGCCCUGAUCGAUAUGUACGCCAAAUGUGGGUGCUUGAUUGAGGGAAGAAAAGUGUUUGAUGAAAUGCAGGUUCGUGACGUUGUGUCGUGGACCUCGAUGAUCUCUGCUUAUGGCAGAAGCGGUCAAGGGGAUCAAGCUGUCAAGCUCUUCUCACAAAUGCAGGAAUCCGGUUUGAAUCCUGAUUCGAUUGCAUUCGUUUCAGUUCUGGCUGCUUGCAGUCAUGCAGGAUUAGUGGAUAAAGGGAUGUACUACUUCGAUCUAAUGGCUGAGCACGGGAUACCGCCUAUGGUGGAACAUUAUGCUUGUGUUGUAGAUCUUCUGGGGCGAGCUGGGCGAAUAGACCAGGCGUAUCGGUUCAUAACCCAGAUGCCUAUGGAGCCAAGUGAACGAGUUUGGGGGGCACUUUUAUCUGCUUGCAGGGUCUAUUCCAACAUUGAUGUUGGGCUCCUAGCAGCUGACCAACUCUUCAAACUAGCUCCCGAGCAAUCAGGCUACUACGUGUUGCUAUCCAAUAUCUAUGCCAAGGCUGGAAGAUGGCAGAAUGUGGAUAUAAUCAGAUCAAUCAUGAUGAGCAAAGGAAUCACGAAAGUACCAGCGAUUAGUAAUGUCGAGAUCGAUGACCGUGUUUAUUCAUUUCUCGCUGGUGAUCAGUCUCAUCCACAGUCCAAGAAGAUCUACAAAGAGCUCGAUGUUUUGGUUGGGAAGAUGAAGGAGUUGGGUUACACUCCAGAGACUGAUUCUGCUUUACAUGACGUGGAGGAAGAGGAUAAAGAAGGGCAUCUGGUGGUUCAUAGUGAGAAGUUGGCCAUUUCGUUCGCUCUUCUGAAUACUAAGCCUGGGAUGACGAUCAGAAUCACCAAGAAUCUCCGUGUUUGUGGGGAUUGUCAUGUUGCUAUCAAGCUGAUGUCCAAGAUCACUGGACGUGAGAUCAUUGUGAGAGAUACCAACCGCUUCCAUCGUUUCUCCGACGGAAUCUGCUCUUGUGGAGACUACUGGUGA